AAAAACAUAAAGAUUACAUGGAAUAACCAAAACAGCUCUGGAAAAUUUUUUUUUGCAGACCUCUCUAAACACUAUAAUUACAUUAAAUACGUUUAAAGCAUCUAAAAUUUAUAGCAAAGUAUCAAAAACUAUUAAGUAACAAUAAAGUAAUAAUAUAUAAAAUUUAGACAAAUUAUAGUUACAGGGCAUGUACUAUAGCAGGGGUCCCUAACCCCAGGGCUAGGGACUGGUUAGGGUUAGGGUGAGCAAAACUGUGCAUCCGUGGGAUCUAGGUUGUGCUCCAACCCAUCCCCGAUCCCUAGUGCCAAAAAUGUUGGACACUGCUGCCCUACAGGAUGUUUGCCCAUCAGGGUUCAAUGGAUCCUUUGCUUCAGGGUUUGUUUUGCCUGUUUUAUUCUGUCUUAAGGACUAUGGAGGGAGGAUAUCCUUAGUUGAAAAGGUUGAAUUUAACAGUCUUGAUCCAUGUACAUUGAAAGUUGUCCUGAAAAAUUAAUGAUGCUAAGUCUUGAGGGAAAAAGUUGGUUUAACAAAAGUUUAUAGAAACUAGACACUUUUAUCAUACCUGUCUCAUUUCAUUUUCAUUUAUCUUUCUUCUUAUUUGUUUAGGCAAUAAAAGAAUUCUAAUGGGAGCACUGUUCUGAAGUUCGGUUUUGCUGGGUGCCAUUAUGGAUGAACAGCAAGCUUUGAAUUCAAUCAUGCAGGAUUUGGCAGUUCUUCAUAAGGCAAGUCGUCCUGCUUUGCCGCUUCAAGAAAUGGGAAAGGGAAAGUUAAUUUCACCCAAAAAACAGAAUGAUGUACGAGUCAAAUUUGAACAUCGAGGAGAAAAAAGAAUCCUACAGUUUUCUAGACCUAUCAAGCUCGAAGAUCUUGCAUCAAAAGCUAAAGUUGCCUUUGGACAGUCCAUGAAUUUGUAUUACAGCAAUAAUGAGCUGGUAAUUCCAUUAGCUAUCCAGGAUGAUCUGGACAAAGCUGUGGAGCUCCUUGAUCGCAGUGUUCACCUGAAGAGCCUCAAGAUACUGCUUGUUGCUCAUGGAAACACACAGAAUAACAUGGAUCCCUUGUCAUCAUUAGAAGAUUUGGAUAAUACAGUUUUCAGAGUAACAGAAAAGAAAAACAGGAAUUCUGUAAUAGGUCGUAAAACUUUUCCAAGAGUUAGAAGGACUCAAGGAAACUGCUUACGCACUCCAGUAAGUUUCAGCCCAACUGAUUAUUCAUUGAGCACAAGCAGUGGGAGCAGCAUUUUCACUCCAGAAUAUGAAGAUGGACGAAUGCGGAGAAGAGGAAGUGAUAUAGAAAAUCCUACCUUGACCGUAAUGGACAUCAGUCCUCCCAGCCGCUCCCCACGUGCUCCAACUAAUUGGGUACUUGGUAAACCGCUUGGCCAAGGUGCAUUUGGUAGAGUUUAUCUAUGCUAUGAUGCAGACACAGGACGAGAACUAGCUGUUAAACAAGUUGAGUUUGAUCCUGACAGCCCAGAGACGAGUAAGGAAGUAAAUGCCCUUGAAUGUGAGAUUCAGCUUCUGAAAAAUCUGCUACACGAAAGAAUUGUUCAGUAUUAUGGCUGCUUAAGGGACCAUCCAGAAGGAACACUUUCUAUAUUCAUGGAAUAUAUGCCAGGGGGCUCAAUUAAAGAUCAGUUGAAGGCAUAUGGUGCUCUCACAGAGAAUGUGACUCGGAAGUAUACUCGCCAGAUCCUGGAAGGCGUUCACUAUUUGCACAGUAACAUGAUUGUACAUAGAGAUAUUAAAGGAGCAAAUAUUCUUCGUGACUCUGCAGGCAAUGUUAAGUUGGGUGAUUUUGGUGCCAGCAAACGGCUUCAAACAAUUUGUCUAUCUGGUACGGGAAUGAAGUCUGCUACAGGAACUCCAUACUGGAUGAGUCCAGAAGUGAUUAGUGGAGAAGGAUAUGGAAGAAAAGCAGAUAUUUGGAGUGUAGGCUGUACAGUUGUUGAAAUGCUCACUGAGAAGCCACCCUGGGCAGAAUUUGAAGCAAUGGCUGCCAUUUUUAAAAUUGCCACACAGCCAACCAAUCCCCAGCUGCCACCUCACGUCUCAGACCACGGUCGGGAUUUUCUAAAGCGGAUAUUUACUGAGGCUAAGUUGCGACCAUCUGCAGAUGAACUGCUGAGACAUACAUUUGCACAUUAUCACUGAUGGCCUGCCUCAAUCCCUUUCACCUACUGCAUUUUUUACUGCACUUUUUUUUAUACAGAGUUGAAAAAAGACAAGGGAGAAGUUAUUUCUCUUGAUUCUUUCUUUCAUAUAAAAUUGUUAAGAUCUCUCUGCAUAUUUAGAAUGCAGACUUUUUCCCAUUUAGAAUCUCCUUUGUUUCAGUAAUGUACUGAUGUGGUUUGCAUAAAGCACUUUAGUACAUAUUCAUUCCUAUUUAAGGGGGUAAAGAAUUUAUUUGGACCAUCAGGAAUCAUGUAUAAGACUUCCCCAUCUCUAUUCCCUUGGCAAGCACUGCUAAUUAACUCCCAAAGCUGGGAAGAUAUACAUGUCACUAGCAGAUUCAGAAAAACAGUAUAUAUCCAGUGGUUGCGGUGUAUAAAUAGAUAACAAAGAACUCUCAAUUAUAUUUGAGCUUUGAAAUAAGUUUCAUCUGUGAUUCUGGAAAUUCAUUUAGAAGCUAGAAUCUCAGGUUGCUGAGCAAGGUACAUUUUGGAAAAUAAACCAUCAUAUUAGCACAAAAAUGUAAACCAAAUAAGUGUUUUCUGCUUUGAAGAUAAGAAGCCUGUUGUUUAAUAGUGCUAGUGCAUUAAUGUCGUAUAUCCAGAAUCAUAGAUAAACAGAUUGCUGUAGUAUCAGACUUCUCUAAAGUUAAACAAUGUCCACGUAUCAUGCAACAAACUGAUUUUCAGGGUUGGAAAGAAUUGAUCUGUGAGGAGUCUCUAAUGGGUAGAAUGAAAUUUAUUUCAUGCAACAUAAUUCUGUUCAUAUUAAUUAAGAAUACGUUCCAUAUUCUUUCUUCUGUCCCAAUUAUUCUUCUGAUUCCCUAAAAUAUUUUAUAAGGUCCAGGUUUUUUUCUCUCUACUGUGAGUUUUAUCAUAAAGUACUUAAUGUAGAAAAAUGGCCAGAGUGUCAAAAAUAUAGUUUCUCUUUCUGUUGCUGCUGAACUGAAUUCUGUGUCUGAGAUGCAUAUUUUAUUUGUCAAAUCUCCUUGCUAAUUUGCACUGGGCUGACCAUGUGGGAAUUAUCUUCGUGGGUUGCAAAUGCCUUAUUAAUUUGCGUUGGAAAAGCAAGUUUGGUAGAAUGAGAUCUGGAAGUUCCCAUGUGUAUCUGUACCAUAUAAUUCAGUUACAGCUGAAGACGAAGGAAGACAUAAUACAAAUUGAAAAAAAGACAUUUUCACUCCCAAUUGUUUUUUUAAAUAUAUUUAUUUAUUUAGUUGUUUUACUUUUGAUUUGAUAAUAAAUGAAUAAUCAGAUUUGGGAUUAUUAUCCCAAUUGUUUCAACCCAUAUUUGGACAUGUAUUAACAAUAGAACUGUAGAAUGUAUGUUUGCUGGCUGGCCCUUUAGGAUAUAUCUAGCACCAAACAAUAAUAUAACUGGAAAAUGGGAAAGAUGCUUCCAUUUUCCAGGAGUGGUGUUGUAAACAUUACUAUUAAUUGUUUCCUAGGCUUUCUGCAAAAUGUCCAAAGCAAGUCAAAUUAUAUGAAGAUAAAUAGAUACCAUAAUGAUGCUAUUAAACCUGACCAACAAUGACAUAUAAAACAUGUUACAUAGGUAUGAAUCAUAAACCACAUAUACAACAAUAUAAAAGUGUGUAUGUGAUUUAUGAUUCAUGCUUACAUAAUGCUCCUGGCACCUUAAUCAUGACUUGGUAACCUGAAUUUACGUCUUUAUUUAUUGUUAAAAUAAGUUCAGAUAGAUAAAGCCUGUACUUUUGGAGAGCAUCUCUUAGACAUGCUGAAGAGAAAUAGGCAGCCCUGAUCCAUAUAGUCUUUCCCCAACUAAAAUGUAAUUUCAACACCAGAUCACCAAUAAAUAGAAAUGUAUUUUUUCCAUUUUUAUAGAACUAGGGACAUCUUUUAAUCUUAAUAUCCCAAAACCAACAACCACCAAAGAAUUGUACAAAUAAUAAUCCUAGCGUUAUACAUUUUGGUGGUGUUGCUGCCCCGUUGAUUGCAGCAAUAAGCUGCAGCUAUUAAAUAGGGCUUUUGUUAUUGGAAAUUGACCAUAUGUUGUUAAAAGUACGUGGAAUAUUGCUUAUGCAUUAGUCUAUAGUUGUAAGAUAAUUUAAAUUGGAGAAGCAAAUGUGGCUUGAACAAAAUUGACAGCAAAUCCUCUUUAAAAAUAUACAACCUAUUAAUUGAGUUGUUUUCUAAGGGUCUUAAUUUUUGACUUUUGAAAGUAACAGAAAUGUUUCUAUAAGGAGGUCAGGUUUAUUUUUCUAAAGGUGUACUUAAAAUUUAAAAUAACAUGUAAAAAGGAAUCAUCAUCGUCAUGACUCCUUUCCUGUAACCCUUCAGUCUGUUAUGGUUCUGUACAGAGCUGUGUUAUCCUACAUCUGAGUACAGGCUGUCUUUUUCUGGACCCUGUAAGAAAGCUCUGUAAGAGUCUAAAUUUUCUAAACUGCCAUCAAGCUGUAGCUAUGCAAAUUAUGUAAAACAUGAAAAUUUCCAACACUUGGUCUCAAGUAGACUAAAAGAAGAGACAACAAGAGAAGUCCUCCUCCCACAUUUAUCAAAGUGUAUAUGUAUAUUUAAUAGUUUUACCAAAGUUCUGUGCUCUCUCAAUUAACAGGGCUUUGAAAUGUUUAAAAUCUAGCAGUCAGACAAUCAUUGCAGCCUCUGGGUGACCUCUGAACAGCGCUGUUGCACCAGUUCAAAAUUGUUGAAUGAAAAUAUUUGUUCGUGCAGACUAUUUUGAAGACCAAAUUUAACCUUCCACUUAUUUCAGAAGGUAGUAUCUAAAACAACUUAAAUGCAUUAAGGAAUAAAUUACACUGAAUGCAGGGAUACAUUUUCUUUUUAGUAAAUAUGCGUUGGAUUAAGUUGUUGGAUUUUUUCCCCUCCAAAUCUGAAGCAGAGCCUUAAAUUAUUUUUUGCAGGGAGACAGGAAUCAAGCUCCAUCCAGAAAUUUCUAGCUUAAAGGGCAACACUAAUCAGCUAUACUUUUAAACAAAUAUACAAAGUCCUGUUUCAGCUGUAAAACAUGAACUGAUACUGUUGGAAUAGAAUCACUGGCUGCCUCUCCUUGCUCUUUCACUAUGUAAAUAAUAGCCUGUUUAUGGUGCUUUUCUGCUAUAAUUCAAUCUUUCUUGGAUCGGCUUUAUCCCACCAUGCCUUUUGGGAGUUUAGAAGCUUAGGGCAGUGAGUUCUUAAAAUUAUAUUAGGGCAGCGAGGGCAAUUGGCUCGGCAUGCCAAAAAUUCAGAAAAUGCCAACAUUGACUUUGGUGGCAUGUCACAUUUCCCCUCCUUCCCCAGUCAGAGAGGCCUGUCUUGACUCUCCUCUAGAUUCUCCUCAUCCUGUGAAAGUACAUAAGAGAGCCCUGCUCUUGGAGGGCCCCUGAAGCCUAAAAAAAAAUCACCCGAGAGCAUUCUUGUGUGAUUUUCUGAGGCUCUAGAGGCCCUCCAAGAGCAGGGCCUUCUUAUGCAACUCCUAGAAGGUCUGGAGGCCUGAUGUAUCAUCAAAAAUGACAUGUCAUAUCAUAGGCUAGUUAUCAUACUAAGGUCUUUUAGGAGUCUGGCACAGCGCUAACCUGAUUAUCAACAGGUCUGAUGUUCACAUGAUGUAGGAUACUGUGGUAACAACUGGGACAGAGGGUAAAUGUGAUUAUGUAGAAACUUGACUUCUUGUCCCUGAUUGGGAUGUGAAAUAUGUUUUUUAUACAAAAUAGAAAGUGCUGACAUCAAUUGAACUUUGGAAAAGGCUAGUUUCUUUUGAUAAUUUAUUAAACAAAAGCAUAAGAAUAACUCAUGAAUGUGUGAAUCCCCGAAAUACAGAAGUAAUGUGAAAUUUGCAGCUCUAAAAUAUUUGAAAGUAAUAAGGCCUUAAAAUGGAUAAAAUUCUAUGGAGUAGAUAGGUAUGAGAGCACUCAGUAUUAUGUGAAGGAGCAAAAAUAUAUAUUAGGUGGCUUAAAUUCAUGCAGAACAAGAAAUGUAAGAGACAAUACUUUUUGCUAAUAAAUUAGAAAAAAACCCAGAAAUUUAGACAAUUAGAAUUUAAUAUAUUCUGAACAGGAAUAAUUUUGUGAUCAAGUUGUUGGAAUAUGGAUGAGUGUAGGAGUUGCUUUAGGGGAAAAAUGGUGAUACAAUAGCCCUUUGCCUUUCUAAAGUUAUGUGCAAUUUAAAAUAUAUUCCUUAUCAAAAUAACUGAAUUAUAAGAUUUAUUCUGCUGUGUAUAUUUUACAUAUAAUUUCUAUACAGAACAAUUUACAAUGACCCUAAACCUAUAUUUUAAGUGUGUUUAUAUUUGAAGUAGCAUGGGAGAUUUCUAUCCAUGCUAUUUUUAUUCUAGGGAGCUAAAGAUACACUAGGGACCCAUAAAAUGCAGAUGGCAUUUCCAUUUUAUUUUGUGCCUUGUUUAAACUUUUGCAUAACUUUAGUCUGAGUACUUCUAUUACCAAAAGGUAAUAAUGUGAUCUUUAAAUAUAAUUCUAAUGCAAGUUAAGAAUUAUAAAAUCUUGUAAUGUCCAAAGAAGUAUCUUGAAAGUAGGCAGAGUCCAAAAUUGUAGAUAACUUGCCCAGAUUGCAGGAUACUUUGUGCUCCUCAAAUCCAUAGUGUGGCUGAGGGAGAAAGGGGAAAAAAAACAACAGCAGAGUAAGACUGAUAGCUGUGCCUUCUUUUAAUAUUGUGUUUUGUGUUGACAAUGACAAUAUAAAAGUGUUUCAAAAAAAGGAUGGAUAUAAAGAAGUUUCCCAAUCACUUCUAAUACCAGCUUUAGUGGAGGGAGGUAGCUCAGUUAUUAAUGAUUUACCUUUAAGCCACAAGGGACAGUUCCCAGCAAUUUGGCAUGAAGUUAUUGAAGUACACAUCCAGUUUUGAUAUGAAUUUGUAAAUAAAGUUUACAAAACAAAACCAUAGUGAUUGACAGCAAGCUUGCUGUUGCAAUUCAAGCCAAAUUUUGAUCAUUUUAAUUACAUUUUCCUUGGACUUCAUCAAAUGAGGCUGGGGACAGCUUAUGUGAUUAUAGGCAAAAGUUUUCUAACUAGAAACUUCUAAUAAAUAUAUCAAUUAAGCUAGAACUAAAACACUAAUAUAAAAAUACUUACGUUUCUGAAUAUCUAAAGUGAUAAUUUAGAAUCCUUCAAAGCUUGCCAAUACAAAUUGUGUCUGUUGACAGUGAUUUGUAACCUUUUAUUUUUAGUCUUAGAAUUUCAAAAGUAUAAACAUAUAAGAUCAUGGAACAAAAGCUAUAUAUUCUUUAUAUUAUUAAAAUGAUUAUGAGAAAAUGGUAUGGGAAUAUGUCACAUUCAAAUAAUUAUUCUAAAAAGAAACUGGAAACACAAGGGAAAAUUUAAUAUCCCUCAGAGCUGAGUAGACAUAAGCUACAUAUAGCACAUAAUCAUGUCCUUAUUUGUGUUAAAAAUGAAGACAAUUGUGUAGCUGCCUUUUCUGGUAUAUCAAAAAUAAUUUAGUAUAUUAUUUUUCAGCCCAUUUGUGCAAGAUUUAAUGUGUGUCCCAUCUGCAUUAUAAAUCAUUUCUGAAACUGCAGUGGUUCAAACCCAGUGUGAAGCAUAACUAAAAUCCAGAAAGAAAAAUGCAUCAUACUAAGAUGCUAUGUUUCUGGGUAUAGUCCUGAAUAAAUGUGCCAAUCAUAAAUCCAAAUAUUCAUUUCUUUUUUUCAUAUAUGACAUGGGGUACCCAUUAAAGGUAGAUCUUGGGAGCACUAGCUUCCUAGCAGACAUAAAUACACGUAGCAUGCAACAAUCAUUUUUCUAAACCACAAAUUAAACAUUUUAAUGUGAAUUUAUUUGUAAUUUACAUCUUGACGCCUGAUAUUUUUCAUGAAUUUGAAAGUGACAGGGAGGCUUGGCAUGAAGUCUGACCAGUACCUUCAGAUAUGUAGGAUUUGGAUUAAGAAAAUAGAUAUUUUGAUAAAUUAGAAAGCCUAAAAUCUAAAAAAAGAUGAUGGUCUCCUUGAUGAAAUUUUAAUUUUUAAAAUAAGCUUUACUCCUUAAUUUUUAAGAAGUAUGGAUUACACACAUUGGAUUAAAAUGUUCUUGUUAUACUAACAAAGCAUUCAAAGACAUCUGAGUGCCUUUAUGCCUUAAGUUUAUUUUCUUAACAUAUUGAUUACAGAAAAGGUUCAAAUCAUAUAGGACCACUUACUAAGUAGCAUAAUAAAUUUUCCCUUUCCUUUUAAAAUUAACUAGGGAGUAUUUACAACAAUAAUUUUUAUCAGAGUUAUAAGUAUAUAUAGACUUGCAAGCCUUGCUUUUAAAAAUACUGAUAGUAUGUUAAAUCUUUAUCCAACCAAGUAUGUUAUUAGUUUUAAUAAGCUGUUAAAAAUAUUCCAAGUUCACUCAUUUCAAAUAGCACUUAAAUUUAGAUAUGAUUAUAUUCUUUAUUCUUAACCCUAGAACUGGUAAAUUCUGCAAUAACAUAUACAUGCAAAUUAUUUAAUUCUGGAAUAAUCAGCAGCUCAAGUGAACUGAGAAUGAUUUUAGUGGUGCUUUCUUUUAAGAAAGUAUUUGCUUAAAGCAAGCGACAGUAUUGGUUUUGAAUAGGAAAAUCAGAUGUGAUUUCAAAUAAGGUAUUUGUAUUCUAUUAGUGCCAUGUAGCUUUAAUAAGGACAAAUCUUGUUCCUGCCAUUGUCCAGAUUUAAUGUAGAAUUCAGUAACACUUUCAACCAACUUUGCAGCAGUGUCUGGCAUUUAAGAAAAUUGAUCAAAAAAUUUAUAUAUAUAUAAUGAAAUUUAUUACACCUAUGGAGAAGUACAGACUUUUAUGCUUGAAUGUAUAUCUCUAAGGUGAGGGAUUUUUUAAGCAAAAGUAUUACUGUCAACAUACCAGUACAGGUUUGUUUGUGUACUUAUUAUGUAUAUGUUAGUAAAUUGCUGAAAACCAAAGCUUUUAUACUCCUUAGGUACAGCCAAAAGCACUGUUUAUCUAGUUUAGUGGCUGUUAGCAACUUUCCUGUGAUUUCUAAGUUGUGCUGGAUAUAUUUAUUACUAUGGCUCUCUCAGACACACAUGCAAUCCAAGUGGCUCCUUGAGCAGUAAUAUCUCACAAUUAUACCCACCAUGCUUUUGGAUAUUUAAAUGUGUUCUGGGGUCCUAAAAUGCAGUCUUUUUGGAAUCCAAGUCUUAUAAUCCCGGGUACUACUGGUUAUACUAUUUUGGGAGCUUGAGCUAACUCUAGUUCAGUGUUAAAUAUGUAGAUUCCAAUUGAAACAGAAGAGAGAGAGAAUCUGGUACAGAAAGUAAAGUAGAUAUAUCCCUUAAAGAAAAAUGAAGGUACUUAUCCAAAAUCUAGCUUUAUAUGGAAAGUAGAAAAAUUAGCUCAGAAUUAAAAAUUCUGCAGUUAUAAUAUAGACUAAAAUUUCAUAUGAAGCCUUUUCAAAAGUAAAGAAAUAUUUUUAAUGAAUUUAAACAUUGGCUUAAAUAUAUUGUAUUUGUCAUUGGACUCCAAUAUAACUGUGGAGUUAUAUUCUAUAAUGGAUAUAUUGAGUAUAUCCUACAUAUACCCACUACGUUAGAUUGUACUUGAGGAUGAUAUAUAAGCCCUAUCAGAACAAUCAUUGGUUUCAUCAUCUCUCUAGGGCAAAUUAUUCUCAUAUAAUCCAUUAUACUAAUCAGACCUUUGGACAUAUUGUGUAGUGAAGACCAUUACUAUUUGGAUGGUAUACUUGAAAUGGUGCAGUAUUCACACAGCUCUGAUCAUGCUGAUUCCCCUUUGAUCAUGUGAAAAUCGUCAUACAAUUGCAGAGAAAUGUGCACGUGGCAAAUGAUCCUGUGUAUGAGCACAGCAACUCUAUUUUAAUUAUUAUAAUUACAAAAUGAAAUGGAAAUGUUGCAGACUAUAUCAACCAUGAAAUUGAGCAUUGGGCUUAUGCAGAAGGAAUUUUGAAUGCAAGUAUCUGUCCAAACAAGUGUGUUAAUUAUAAUAAUGAUUUUCCAAAUUUCCCGGUCUUAAAAUGGAAAACAAAUUCUCCUUAGUGAAAGAAAUCUAACAAGCAGUCCUUAUAAUACCAUUUUUAACAUACAGUAUGCUGCCUUAGAAAAGAAGGAAGAUUACUAACUGAGGAUAAUUAUCUAAACCUCAGCCUCUUUUAUAAGAGAGGCUGGAGCUAGGUUCUUCGUCAGGCUGUACAGUUUAAAGUGAGUGACUGCUUUGACUAUAUUAAGCCAUUCUUAGUAGAUGGAUAGUAUAUGAAACCAAAUGGAAAUUUUUAAAAUCCCAUAUAGAACAGUAUUUUGUCACAACUCAAGAGAACAUAUCUUGGCAACUUGAUAGCAGAUUCACAAGCUUAGUAAACAUGAAAAAGUAGGAUUGUAUUUCAUUUGUAUGUGUGUAGCUCCUAAAAUCGAUGACACAUUGAAGGCAAAAUCCCAAUGAAAUCUCAAUUUGGGACAGAAGCUUGCUUUUAUUGUUAAUUUGGGUUUAACAAUGUACAUAAUAUAUGAUUAUUGCCAUGGCAAGGAAUGUGAAAUGACUUUAAAUUAAAUGUAUUUGUUUGAGAGGAACAAAAAGACUGAUCCACAGGCAUGGGGAGAUUAUGCUUAGAUUCCUUCAUGGGGAGGGUGUUGGAUUAAAUGGUCUUUUCUGUGAUCUGAUUUCUUUCUCCAUUAACAUUUUACCAUAUUCUAUCUGAUCUUGUUCUUGAGGAGUCCCUGUUUUGAAGGUCUAUGUUUGAAGGGGACGCAAGGGCUGCAGCAUAAGAAGAAAGUGGCAAUGUCUUCCUUUGUGAACAGAGGUCUCUGACUGACCUGACAAAUGUAACAGGCAUAGAAGAUCAAAUUGUAGGAAUUUACAGUAAGUAGGGAAUAUUGGCCUAGCAUCAAAGUCCUUUUAAAAUUAUACAGGGUAAAAUUUAAAGUUUUCAUUCAAAUACUUUACAUUUUUCAGUUGGAUUGUUUUUGGCCAUUACUUUAUUUAUUUUGCUAAUUUUAACCUAAGAAUAUUUAUUCUAAAAGACAAUUUAUCUUUAAAAAUAAACUAUAUUUUUUUCUCGUUCUGCCCUUUCCCUCCUAUGUGUGAUGAGUGGGCAUCACACAUUAUACUAGAUAAAGUGGGUUAGAGAUGGAUUGUAGUUUCCAUCUAAGUAUUUCUGUAUAAAUAAUAAAAUAUUAUUCCAUUCUGAAAAUAAGUUUACAGCUUAAGGGGAAAAAGAGAAUUAGUAUAAUGAGCCAAAGUAUUCCUUGUGCCAUAGCAAAUUAAAACAUUGCACAUACUCAGUCUCAUCAUUCCAAACAAUUUAGAGCCAUAGUCUGUUUGGUGUCUUAGGAAAUGAAUAUUAAAGGCAUGCAAACAAGCGAGCAAACCUGAGAUUUCAGAGCUACUGGAAUCUUAGCAGCAUCUCAAACGAGAAUGUACAUAGGAAACCUAUUACAUUCCUUUGGGAAUAGGUGGGGAAUUAUAUAAAUGCUCUCGUACAGUUGUUUUUUUUUCUGUUUCUCCCCUUAAAUUAAACAUACAAAAGCUAAUAAUUUCUACAACAGUGUUUCAUUGUGACAUAUUCAAACUUAAAUGAUUGACUUACAAGGGAGAGGUGGUUUAUAUUACUGGGUAUUAACACUGCUAUGGUGGACAAUUAGAAUUACUUUUCUACGAAGUUUACUGAGUCUGUAUUCUGAGAAACCUCAGAAAUGGUGUCAAUAAUGGGAAUUUUCAGAAUUAAUGCAUUUAGAAUUAUUCCAUUUUUAUUAACUUCACAUACCAUCUGUCCCCAUGCAACCCCACAUAUGUAUGCACUGUGCAUCUAACAGGCACAUAAUUAGUUAAAAAAUAUAGAAUACUUUCUUUUGGAACAGGGUCUAAAAGUUCAAUUUCACGUUGCUUGCUUUUUCUGAUUGUUUUGCUAAUAUCACCAGUUUAAACUUGGUACUUUUAACUGUAAAAAAGAAAUAAUUACCACAAUUAUGAUACAUUCAUACUGUCAUACCUCUAGCAAGUGUCACUAUAUAUGAAGUCAGUGGCAGACUCAUUUUUCAAAAAGCUAUGAAUAAUAUAUAAAUCUUAUCCUUUUGAUCUAAUGUACAUUUUUAUGCAGCUGUCAAAUUCUCUAUUUAAUCCCUUUAUUUCUCUAAAUGUUUUUACUCUCUGUUUGAAUGCUGGGCACACUUUGUAACGUAUGUACACAAUGGUAUUUUUUUCUAUCGAUGUUGACUCUUUUGCACAUUUUUUGAAAAUGUUUAAUUUGUACACUGAUUUAAUACUCUGACCAACUGUUAUGGAGUGUAUGGAAAAUAUGUAUGUGUGCAAUGUACUACUGUCUUGAAUGUAUGAGGAUUUUCUAAUUCAGUAUAAAUGUAUGUCAAUUUCUGGCUUUAUCUUGGUUGAGGAACUCAGGACAUUAACGUUGCUUACUAGUUCCCCAUUGUAAAUCUAAUCCAGCAACUUGGUUGCAUCUAAGCAGCUUAUUCUCUCUCUUUUCCACACAUGCACGCACACCCACAUGCACACAAAUCAUUCCAUUUGUGAACAGGAUUUUUCCAGCUCACUUUAUACUGUUGGAAUAUACCAGUCAAAUAUUGGCAAUAGAUUGCAACAUAAUUGAUUUAAAAUAGCAGUUAAUUGAGUUUUCUCUUUCCUGUCUUUAAUGUAAGUCUUUUCACAUUCAGUUUUGAGUAUUUGACCAUUAUUUGAAUGGAAAAUUGGCCAAAUACCAAAUUGUUUUACCUAUGUGUGAUGAGAGUGCAUGCAAACUUUUCAGAAGUAUGAAGCAGCUAAGGAAACACUGCUUACAUGAAACUUCAUGCACUCAUCAAAGCCUUGGUAAACUUUGGGUUGUGGCAAAGAUGUCUAACUUUCAAAAAUAAGGUAUACAAAAAUACCUUCAAUGUACUGUUUUCUCUUUCCAACAGACUCCAGAUUCAUUUCUACAUUUUUAAAUAAUUCUUUUUUUAAAGGUACUGCGUUUAGUUAGAUAAAUAUAUAAAAGCUUUGAAAGAUAAUUUACUAGAUAAAUAUAUUUUCAGCUGGCUGAUAUUCAGAAAAUAUUUUUUUAAUUUUUGUUUUUAACCAUUCAAAAUGUAUUUGUAUUUCCAGAAUUGGACUUGAAUUGUAUAUUAAAACACUCUGGCUGGACAAUGGUUUGGUUUGUCUUGUAAGUUCUCUCUCUCCCCCCCCCCCUCUCUCUUGCUCUCUCUCUCUCUCUCUCUUGUUACAAUGAAUGUUAUGUCUCCCUCUGGAUCUUAAAUCUUUCCUUGUUUUCUGGUACUGGGAAAAUUAAAGCAUAUUGAGGGUACUAGCAGAAUACCAAUGUUUAAAUUUAAGUUGACAACCUAGUUUGAAAGAAUCUUUGUAUUAAUGAUUAAGACGUACUAACUAUAAGGUUGGGAAAUAAAGCACGGGGGAUCUCAAGAAUCGACAUAAAACUGGUAUUCUUUUUUUUAAAGAGUGUACUAAUGGCCUGGUAUGGUGUGGUUUGUUCCAUUGUUCAUGCACAUUAGGACUUUAUUAUAGUGCUUGUACAAAAUGUAUAAUUUUUAAUUUUUUUUUAAAAAGUAUGUAUUUAUCCAUUAUUUUCUUUCUGGUAAAUGGCUUUUUAUUUUAUUAUGGGGUCUUUAUCAAAUAUAAAGUAAGCCAUGCUUUUAUUAUCUUGUGUUUGACCAAAUGACUUUGUUUUAUGAAAUGUGUAUAUUGCUGGUACACAUCUUCGUUCAGAACGAUUGUGCAUGAUGACCUGCAAGAAUUAAUAGAAGAAAGAUUUUUUUUCCUUCCAUGUUAUUUCAUUCUGGAAAGGUUAUGGUGCAAAGGUAUACUGGAUGUAGUUUAUGGAAUGACUAUAGAUAAUGGCACUUUUAAGUGUUAAUAAAACAAAUAUUUAUUUCCAA